GGGAAAGCGCCAGCCCUUGAACACCCACUUGGAGUUGUAGAGCAGCGAGGAAGGAGAGCGGUGCCAGCCCCUCCACCAGAGCUGAAGGCAGAUCCAACUCUGGCUGCUGUGACCCAGCACGAUGAUCUGGAUACUUCAAGUCUUGUUCUCACCGCUCCCCACACCAGCGUUGUACAGCCUUGUUGUGUUUGGAGCUGUCAUCCUCCUGUGGGUGAUCAGCAGGCCCAAACCUGUUCUGCCUCCUGUUGACUUAAACAAGCAGUCAGUAGGAAUUGAGGGAGGAGCCAGAAGAGGUGCAGUCUUGGCAGAUAACAACUUGCUUUCUUAUUACUAUGAAGAUGCUAAAACUCUGUAUGAAAUCUUCCGAAGAGGACUGCAUGUUUCUAGAAAUGGUGCCUGUUUGGGCUAUAGAAAACCCAAUCAACCUUAUCAAUGGCUAACAUAUAAACAGGUUUUGGAUAGAGCUGAAUACCUGGGAUCAGGGCUUCUGCAGAAAGGAUGUAACCCAUCAUCAAACCAGUUUAUUGGUAUUUUUGCUCAGAAUAGGCCUGAGUGGAUCAUUUCGGAGUAUGCCUGCUACACUUACUCACUGGUUGCUGUUCCACUCUACGACACUCUGGGGCCAGAGGCCAUUGUAUAUAUUGUUGACAAAGCUGGCAUAACCACAGUCAUAUGCGACACUCCUGAGAAGGCACAGGUCUUGCUUAAAAACCGUGAGCAAGGAUUGACCACGUGUUUGAAGACUAUCAUUCUCAUGAAUCUGUUUGAUAAAGAACUCAAGGACAGAGGAGCACAAAUAGGAGUUGAAAUCCUAGCACUGCAGGAAGUUGAGGAGCUGGGAAGAAACAACAUAAGAGAACCAAUUCCUCCUAAGCCUGAAGAUCUUUGCAUUGUGUGUUUCACCAGUGGAACCACAGGUAACCCUAAAGGAGCAAUGCUGACACAUGAAAAUAUUGUUGCAAAUGCUUCUGCCUUCCUUAAAUGCACAGAGAAUACAUUUGAGUGUACAAGUUCGGAUAUUUCUGUGUCCUAUCUUCCUUUGGCUCACAUGUUUGAGAGAAUUGUGCAGACCGUAAUCUACUGCUGUGGAGGGAAAGUAGGCUUCUUCCAAGGAGACAUCAAGUUUCUAACAGAUGACAUGAAAACCUUGAAGCCAACACUAUUUCCAGUUGUACCAAGACUGCUUAAUAGAAUAUAUGACAAGGUACAAAGUGGUGCAAAGAGCCCAAUGAAGAAAUUUCUGUUAAAUUUUGCUGUGGCUAUGAAGAUGGCUGAAGUGAAGCAGGGCAUAAUUCGAAAUAACAGCAUUUGGGAUCAGCUAAUCUUCAAAAAAGUUCAGGAAACAAUGGGUGGACAAGUACGUAUGAUGGUAACAGCUGCAGCUCCCAUAUCUCCUACUGUCCUAUCAUUUCUCAGAGCAGCAUUGGGUUGCCAGAUCUUUGAAGCUUAUGGUCAGACUGAAUGCUCAGCUGGAUGCACUGUCUCAACGCCUGGAGACUGGACAGCAGGACAUGUGGGAGCCCCUCUAGCUUGUAAUAUCGUAAAGCUGGAUGAUGUAGAGGAAAUGAACUAUUUCUCUUCUAAUAAUGAAGGCGAGGUUUGCAUUAAAGGAACAAAUGUGUUCAAGGGUUAUCUGAAAGACCCUGAGAAAACAGCUGAAGCAAUUGACAAAGAUGGCUGGCUCCACACCGGAGACAUAGGGAAAUGGAUGCCAAAUGGAACACUGAAGAUCAUUGAUAGGAAGAAGAAUAUAUUUAAACUUGCACAAGGAGAAUAUAUUGCUCCAGAGAAGAUAGAAAACAUCUAUAUCCAAAGUGCUCCUGUAGCCCAAGUCUUUGUGCAUGGGGAGAGCCUGAGGUCCUCUCUAGUAGGCAUUGUGGUUCCUGAUCCUGAGACGCUUCCAGAUUUUGCAUCAAAACUUGGAAUAAAAGGUUCCUAUGAAGAUAUCUGCAAAAAUCCAGCACUGAAGAAAGCCAUUUUAGAAGAUCUAGUCAAACUGGGGAGACAAGGCGGCCUUAAAUCCUUUGAACAAGUUAAAGAUCUGUACAUCCACACAGAGAUGUUCUCUGUAGAAAAUGGACUCUUGACACCAACUCUGAAGGCAAAGCGGGGAGAGGUUGUUAAAUUCUUCAAGAACCAAAUUGAUGCUCUCUACUCAAGUAUUCAGGAAUAAGUGUCUUAUUAAAUUUCAUGGAGUGUCCAAACAAAUCUGUGCCAUUACAUCACUUAUGGUGAACACAAG